AUGUUGAACUCUGCAUUGUGUUUAUCUCGAUUCCUCAAGGUCACGCUGGCACAAGGGGCGUUGUUUGUGUUUCGAAAACUGCUCGGUUGUCCUUCUCUGCCUGUCGCAUUUACUCACUCGCGAUUCGCCACUUACUCACGCACUCCGCGUGCAACUGUGACCAGACAGUGCAUUGAUCAAGUUACUUGGCUCCUGCCCUGGAACAACGCAUCCUGUCGCCUGUUCAGCGUGAAAAUGGAGGAACCCCUAGUCCAGCUUCAGCAGAUAGCUCCAACCGGGGAUAAUGCCGAGACGUUGGCUGCACACAAUUCUAACGCUCAUCCACAGAACAAACGUUUGUCCGUGGAGAGAAUUUAUCAAAAGAAAACCCAACUGGAGCACAUACUGUUGCGCCCUGAUUCCUACAUCGGUUCAACUGAGAGGAAUGUUCAGUCCAUGUGGGUUAUGGACGAGGAAAAGCAAUGCAUGGUCUAUCGAGAUAUCUUGUUCUCGCCUGGUCUCUAUAAAAUAUUCGAUGAAAUACUUGGUAUCGAACAGAACAUGAUUAAAAUUUGGAAUAACGGGAAGGGGAUUCCCGUCGUGCAGCACAAAGUUGAAAACGUGUACGUUCCCACUCUCAUUUUCGGUCAUCUGCUGACGUCGAGCAAUUAUGACGAUACCGAAAGAAAAGUCACCGGUGGGAGAAACGGCUAUGGUGCCAAACUAUGCAACAUCUUCAGCAAGAAAUUCAUUGUGGAAACAUCAAGUAAAGACUAUAAGAAAAGUUUUCGUCAGGUAUGGACAGAUAACAUGACGAAGACUUCAGACCCGAAAAUUUCCCCCGACAAGGGGGAUGAUUUCACGUGUAUAACGUUCUACCCCGAUCUACAGCGAUUCGGCAUGACUGAACUCGAUUCCGAUACGGUCGCUCUCUUCGUUCGACGGGCUUAUGAUUUGGCUGCAACCACAAGUGGAGUAAAAGUUUUUCUCAACGGAAAACGCCUGGCAAUCAAAAGCUUUAUGGAUUAUGUUGAUUUGUAUGUCAAGGCUAACAAAGACAAUGAAACAGCCACAAAAGUUGUCUUCGAAGGUGUUAAUCCACGUUGGCAAGUUGCGGUUGCACCAAGCAGUUCGGGUUUUCAGCAGGUCAGCUUCGUCAACGGUAUCGCCACGACAAAAGGUGGAAAGCACGUGGAUUACAUUGCGGAUCAGCUGAACAAUAAACUGAUAGAGAUUGUGAAGAAAAAAUCUGGGAAAUCUGGCGUUCAGAUCAAGCCAUUUCAAAUAAGAAACCAUAUGUGGUUAUUCGUCAACUGUUUGAUCGAAAAUCCAACCUUCGACUCACAAACGAAAGAGAAUAUGACAUUGCAGCCGAAAAGUUUCGGUUCCACCUGCACAUUGAGUGAGAAGUUCGUCACCCAAGCCUCGAAAUGUGGAAUUGUGGAGAGUGUUCUAUCAUGGGUGCGGUUCAAAGCGAUGGAAAAGCUGGACAAACAGUGCCACAAAGCAAAGCACGUCAAAUUGAAAGGCAUACCAAAGCUUGAUGAUGCAAAUAACGCCGGCACAAAGCACUCUAGUCAAUGCACCCUUAUACUCACUGAAGGAGAUUCAGCCAAGUCUUUGGCUGUUGCUGGUCUGGGUGUGGUUGGUCGUGACAACUAUGGCGUAUUCCCACUCCGUGGAAAAUUAUUGAAUGUUCGCGAAGCCUCCAGUAAACAGAUAAUGGACAAUGCGGAAAUCAAUGCAUUAAUCAAAAUCAUGGGAUUGCAGUACAAACACAAAUACGAGAACCCUGAAUCGUUGAAAGAUUUGCGUUAUGGGAAGAUAAUGAUUAUGACUGAUCAGGAUCAGGAUGGCUCCCACAUCAAAGGAUUAAUAAUCAACUUCGUUCAUUGUAACUGGCCAAACCUACUCAAACACAACGUCCUGGAAGAGUUCAUCACACCCAUAGUGAAAGUUUUUAAAGGCAAAGAUGAACUAUCUUUUUAUAGCCUACCGGAAUUUGAGGAAUGGCAACGGUCUACGACCAACUGGCACACAUGGCGCAUAAAGUACUACAAAGGUUUGGGUACCUCUUCUGGUAAAGAAGCAAAGCAGUAUUUCUCAGAUAUGAUACGGCAUCGCAUCCGUUUUCGCUACACCGGCAGUGAAGAUGAUGCAAGCAUUCAGUUGGCUUUUGACCGGAGCAGAGCAUCCGAGCGUAAGAACUGGCUCACGAGUUGGACCAUGGAGCGGAAACGUAGGCGAGAAUUGAGUCUCCCAGAACCGUACCUUUACGGAAAGGAUACUCGUGCAAUUUCAUACCAUGACUUUGUGCACAAAGAAUUGGUCCUCUUCUCCAAUUUGGACAACGAGCGAAGUAUCCCUUCGAUGGUUCUGUUCACUUGUUUGAAACGGAAUCUGGUGAAGGAAAUCAAAGUUGCCCAAUUAGCCGGUUCGGUCGCUGAAUUGUCCGCCUAUCACCAUGGCGAACAGUCCCUACUUGGCACCAUUGUGGGGUUGGCACAAAAUUUCGUUGGUUCGAACAACCUGAAUGUACUGCUUCCGAUCGGUCAGUUCGGUACCCGUCUGAGUGGUGGUAAAGAUGCCGCCUCUGCUCGUUACAUUUUCACUGCACUCAGCCCUCUAACCAGACUCAUUUUUCAUCCGGCCGAUGAUCCUCUGCUGAACUACCUGCGCGAUGACAAUCAACGCAUUGAACCAGAAUGGUACGCGCCCAUUGUGCCCAUGGUUCUGAUAAACGGUGCUGAAGGGAUUGGCACCGGCUACUCCACACGUAUUCCAAACUACAAUGUGUUGGAAGUGAUUUCCAACCUUUACCGAUUGUUGGAUGGUGAGGACACACUGCCCAUGUUGCCCAGCUUUAGAGGAUUUUGCGGAACUAUUCAGGAAUUAGAAGCCAACCGAUACAUGAUCCAUGGUGAAGUUGCCGUCCUGGAUGACGAUACGAUUGAGAUCACUGAACUGCCUGUACGCACUUGGACCCAGUCCUACAAAGAAACGGUGUUGGAACCUAUGUUGAAUGGGACAGACAAAGUUCAACCGUGCAUCAGUGAUUAUAAGGAAUACCACACAGAUACCACAGUUCGCUUCGUGGUUAAAAUGUCAGCGGAGAAGUUGCGAGAAGCGGAGGCUAUUGGACUGCAUAAAUUUUUCAAGCUUUCCAGCGCGCUGACCACAAACUCAAUGGUCUUGUUCGAUCAGCUGGGCUGUCUAAAGCACUAUCGCAACGUGGACUUGAUACUGAGGGAGUUUUUCGAUAUCCGUCUUCAGUGGUAUGAGAAACGCAAGUCGUAUCUUGAGGGAAUGUUGGCUGCGGAGGCACGUAAACUGGAAAAUCAGGCUCGCUUUGUUCUUGAAAAGAUACAGUCUCAAAUCUCAAUCGAAAACAAACCACGUAAAGAGUUAAUUCAGAUUUUGAAGAAUGCUGCAUAUGACUCUGAUCCUGUUCGUGCCUGGAAGGAGUGUCUGGACAAAUUGGCCAGUCUGGAAGAAGAGAUGGAAUCCGGUUCAGGGGAGCCCGCCGAACAGAUUGAGUCUGGUGGUCCUGAUUACAACUAUAUUUUGGGUAUGCCGUUAUGGAGCCUGACUAAAGAACGAAAAGAUGAUUUAUUGGCACAGCGCGAUGCAAAACAGAACGAGUUGCGCGUUCUUCGAUCGAAAACAGCGUCCAUGCUUUGGCGGGACGACCUCCAGAAGUUGGAAGAAGCCUAUAAAAAAUUCGAAGCUGAUUUGGCUGCUGAAGACGCAGCCGCUUCAGCCGCUGCCAGCAAAAAGCUCCUUAAAGCUGCUUCCACGGGAGUCGGCAGGGCCGCUUCUCAGAAUCUGUCCAAACGUGCUCAAGAGACCAAACCGGAUCCUUUUGGUCGACGGGUCGCGCCAGUAAUCGAUCCCGAUCUUUUGAAGAAGCUGGAAGCAAAUCGGAAGAAACGAGUGAAAGCCAACGCAGAAGACAAUGGCGUGGACGUCAGUUUCGAUGAUGACGCAGACCUAGAGUUCGACGACCUUGAUAUUGGUGGUAGUGGUCCACCUAAACCCCUGUUGGAGCGUCUUAGUUCUGGUGGUGUGGAUACGAAUAUAAUGAAGCCUUCGUCUGGAGAGGCAACCAGAGGUCGUGGACGCGGAAGGGGCCGUACCACAGUAACAAAGCCUCGAGAACCAGAUUCUCCUGUUCGGCAACGUACUCACCGCGUCAACGCUGCGAAAAUCAAUUAUAGGAUUGAUGAUGAGGAUGAAAGUGGAACUAGUGACGAUGGUGAGGACAAUUUCCACGAAAUCGACCACGGUCAGGGGGACAGAAAAAUCGAACUCCCUGUGGCUCCUCUCCCAUCGCAGCCUGUCUCAUCCUCCCAGGGAUCUGAAGGUUCGAAGCCUACAGGUCGCGGUGGCGCCACUGCUGGCCGUGGCCGUGGUCGUGGCGCGGUUAAAGUUCGUGCCACCAUGCCUGCCGAUAGUGGUGGCGGGAAGCAAACCAAACUUGGUUUCUCGAAACCGGCCACAAAGAGGCAGGCAUCGAAGAAAAAUUUGGAUAUGUCGGAUGACGAUGACGCUCCUUCUGCAGGAAGUGACGACGAUGUACCCGCCCCUGCCCCUCGGGAACCGCGCAUGAAUGCACGUCGGGCUGCGACUGAGAAGGCCCGUUACGUCUUCGACCUAGAAAGCAGUGAGGAAAGCGACAACCCCGAUCUUGAUGGAGGCGCUAGCAGUGAUGAGGAGGUUAGUCGCAAACGGCCGAUGAAAGGUGGCAAACGGGUCCACAAGAGCGACGAUGAUGAUUUUGUUCCUGACUCGUUUGACAAGAAGCUAUGCAAACCAGAGAAGAGUGAAGUGAUUUGCUCAGCAUCGGGUGACAGAUGGAUCAAACGCCGAGAACAGUUUAUUUUCAUCAAUGGGACCGGGUGCAAAGCUCGACAAACGAUAUCGGAGGAAAUUAUCGUGGGCCUGGAAAACGUGUCAAAGCCUAUUUCUGCUACGAUGCAGUCCUUUGGAAUCCAUCUUACAGUACUCAGCAUAGACGGAGGGACUGUACCAGCACCGUUUCAUCAAACGCAACGGAUUCCUAGUGGGUCAGCAAAUGCACCGAAGUUUGUAGCAACUGAUCAGGAAUGUUUCCAACUUGUCACAGUGCUGAAGCUGAUAAUCAACAAGCAAUGGUUUGGAGUUUUCAAAAUUGAUACUUGUGAAGCGGAAUCGGUUGAUCCCGGAAAAAAUCAACUCAAUACCAGUGUAGCGGUGUAUACUACUGAUGAAGCAUCUUGUCGUUCUAGCCGGCUGUCCAAUGAGGAUUGUCGUAGCAAUAACGGCGUUCGUGUGAUCACCUACGAAAGACGUGCUGGCGACGAAUGUGAGAGGCGACAUGUGCGAAUGAACAAUGAAACGUGUACACAAGGAAACUUAAGAUUUGCAGUUGAGGAACAUCACAACGACAGCACAUCUGGUCACCUUACGCGGGCACGGCGAUCUGUUGGAACUGAUAAGGGCGAGCGGAAUUUCGGUUCGCUAGUGUGGGUUGUGGUCGCUCCUUCCAACACAAGUCUCGUGAUUCUAAUUGGUGGUGCGACCACUCGAGAAUCACGACUGAACCAACAACGGGACACGAACACGCAUGAGUAUGUGGGUCAGGUGCGCACAUCCACAUACGACGCACACGCCAGAAUACCAGUGUCGAACGGAGCGACCUUGGCGGCAAGAUGCCCACCAUGCCGGAUUGACAAGGGAGAGUGCAAUCCAGAAACAAGAAACAUCGAAAUAACACAGACAUGCUUUCGGUUGCAAAGAGAUGGGCAGUGUAAACCACUGGUCACCAAACAGUUCCAACCAUGCGGAGAAUGUCCCAUGGGAUUGGUUCGCGAACCGGGGCCGUGUAACUAUUGUCAGCGUCAGCGCCAGGUCGUUCUGCGCACUUUCUUCCGCGAAGAUGGUGGAUUGUUCCGAUGCACUGUAGUGAAACAUGUCAAACUUGAACCAUGUGACUGUCCACCAAAAACACGUGAGGGUCCCAUCUGUUUCGCUCACCGCAAUCAACUGGCAUUCAAAACGAUAAACUACAUGGUUCAAGGCAAACAGUGCGUUCCACGAAUAGGUCAUGAAUGGAUCCCUCGUCCUACGUGCCCUCCAUUGGACAAGCCAGAUGGGCAUCAGGGGAAAUUUGAAUGCAAUCCGGAGACCUGUGUACGAACUUGGCAUAAAACCACCUGGCAUUGGGAAGAGUGCAAGUGCAAACCAAUCACUGUGACAGAACCAAGUGGGAAGUGUUGCUGCCCGAAGCCAAGACGGGUUCUAUCGCCUUGUCAAAAAGGGAUGCAGAAAGAACAACUGGUCACCCAUGAGCUUGUUGAAGGCCAGUGCAUCAGACAUGUACAAAACCGGCUGAUGCCUUGCACGUGCCCUCCACCAAAACAUUCUUACAAAUGCCGAACGGACACAAACGAGAGGAUGAUAAAAACGGUACUGUACAAGCGUCUGCCCGACAGGAAUUGUGGACGCAUAGAGUCGGUGUCCGUACUCCCGACAGCUUGCAAGGAGGAAGGAAUACGUCGGAUAACAGAGUGCGUAAGAAAACCCGGAGAGAGCAGGCCAACUCGAAACUUACUGAUCACGACACCCAAAGUAGAUAACUGCGUUUGUAAAGAACCAGACGCCAAAGUAGUUGAGGAAGCUUGCGGAUGCCCAGAAGCUCAGGAACCUCCGGUGAAGCUGAUCCACAAAUGCCCAGAAAUUUGUCAUCAACAGAAUGGUGAUCACUGUGGCAAGGAAUGUAACGAUGUUUUCACCUGGCAGAGAUUUGUCUAUGACGAACGCAGUGAUGGGAACGCACCAAGAUGCAGGACAGAGAUCAUACGCAAAAUUUUGAAACCAUGCUUAUGUCCCGAACAUUCUGAGCUCAUCUCCACCCACUGCUCACCCGAGACCAAUAUCGAAACUAGCAAAUAUCGGCGUCAUUUUCAACAUAAUUGUGAGUGCCGUGAAGAAGAGAUAACGAAACACAGACCGUGCGGUUGUUCAAAACCAAUGUUUUCUGAGCCUGUCUGUGACGCAAAGAACAAUCAAAUUCACACGAUUAAAACAGUAUUUGAUGUGGUUGAAAACAAGUGUGUUCCGCGCAAAGUGGCGGUGCAUAAACCGGUGGACUGUCGACCAUUUGAACUCGAAGAAGCCAAGAGAAACCAUGGUACACCCCGGGUUGAACUGCAUUGUGAUGCCAAAUCUGGACGGGGGCGUCUCGUGGCAGAAUUGUGGCAACCGGUGAACUGCAGAUGCGUCAAGCGACCACAGGUGAUCCGAGAGGGCGUCUGUCACUGCCAGUCGGCUCGUAUUCGCUGGGGCCCAUGCAAUCCAAGGACUGGACGCCGGAAACUCCACCUCAUCUACCAUCGUCGUGAUCACUGUCACUGCAUUCGCGAAAUGCGUGUUAUGGAAAAACCGUGUGUCUGUGAGUCGAAUCGGGUCAAGAAACAGAGCCAGUGUGACAGUCUACGAGGCAUCUUGCACACGGUGUUCUUGACUCAGCAUUGGAGCGAUAAACUCCAUCAGUGCGUACCGGCGAGAAUUAUAAAGAGCACAACAAUCAAAUGUCUCCCACUGGCCCGUCUCUUUCGUGCUCCUUGUAGCGAAGGUAAGAUGCUGGAGAAGAUUGUUGAGCCAUACCGGGACGUCAACGAGUGCCAAUGUCGGAAACGAAUACGAACAGCAGUCCGAGACUGUCGCUGUCCCACCAAAAUGCUGAUCGACGGUAAAUGUGACGGACACCGAACCCACUGGGAUGAACUGAUGGUUGAACAGCAGUGGAGUGAGGAGAAAAGAGCAUGUGUGGUGGAGCGAAUCAGACGAGCCAGACACCACUGUCGCUGUGAUGAUCCAAAAGUCUUUAAAGAAUGCGCGAAAGGCGUCAUGCAUGAAACGAAAAUCAUAUCCAAUUUGAAUGAGCGAACUGGUUCGUGUGAUCGAACAGUACUUCAACGCCAAUACAAGCCGGCCUGUGAAACUCUGAUGGGCAUGGAGUCACAAGCACAACAUGAUCAAUUGUUUGUUCGAAACAAACAAACUCCAUGUGACCCGAACACUUGCACACGACAACUGGAGACCUACACACGAAGAUAUGAUCCUGGUCGCUGUUCCUGUGAUUGGUCUCUUGUCAAGACCAGGCGAUGUACUUGUUGCGGCUGUCCAAAACCGAAGGUGCAAGUGAACUGUCAGAACAACAAGGAACUGGUCGGGCAGGUGAUCUACUAUACAACUCAUCAACAACGCUGCGGACAUCAGUGUAUCGAAAAAACACAUGCUGUACACUCGGAAGUCGGUUGCUCUCCUAACGUGAGGAAGGAGCAGAAAUGCACCCAUGGACUGCCGGAACUUGUCACCUACCAUACCGUUCUCCACGAUGGUCGGUGUGUCGAAGUCGCAAAGCCAGAACCAUUGCCUCUGGUCUGCCCCACCAAAAAGGAAGUUCGACACGGCUGUUUGGAAAAAUCAAACGUUCGUUCAGUAUGCGUCGGUUCUUGUCGCGUGGUUGUUCAAGAAAUUUUCAAGUAUGAUCAACAAAACGAGAGAUGUAUCAAGGAGAACCAUAUCCAGCGAGUUUGUCCUGAGUGUCCAAAACCCCAUGUGAUUCGGGAAGAAUGCGAUCGAGACAACACAUGUUUACAAACAAUCAAGCAUGUGGAUUUCGUGCUUGAAGACUGUCAUUGCAAACGUUUGGAACGAGCUGAGAAAGUGUCAUGUUGCUGUCCUAAAUCCACAGUUCUAGGCACUCGAUGCUUAGAAGAGAGUGGACAAGUGGAGACGAAAACCCUGUUUUAUGAACUGGUAAAUGGGCAAUGUGCUCGCCGCGUCAAACUGGACCGUAUGCCCGUACCGUGUCCUCCACCAGGAGCGGAAAAACCGACACCCAGUUGUGAUCCGCAGACAUGUCUUGAGCCGGUUUUGGAACAACGUUGGUUCCGUGUUGGAUGCCGCUGUGUUGAGCAAAAACCUCAACAGUUCCGUACGUGUUGCUGCUCCAAUCGCAUCGUCCGAGCCAAGAGAAUAUGCAAUCCAGAUGGGUCCAGUCUGCUUAUGACUCAAUCCUGGCUUUUCCACAAUGGCCACUGCGUUCCACAAGUCAUAACUAAAAGACUCGAUAUCCCUGUCUGUCACCCGCAACGCGUGACUGCGCUUGGUACGUGCGAUACCGUUACGAGAAGACAAGUUGCGCUGGUGGAGCGGUUUGCCGUGAAACAAUGUCGUUGCCAGGCCAUAUUCCGGGAAAAGAUUGAGCGCAUAUGUGCCUGUCCAGCUCCGGUGGAACAUGCAGAACCCUGCCAGCCUGCAACCUGCCUUCAGCGUAUUGUCCGAAUACCGUGGGCUUUAGACGAGCAGAAAGGGCAGUGUGUUCGUUUGCCGCUUCAAGUUCAAAUGCGUCCAUGUUGUUGUUUGCGUGAGAAAGAACCUCCAGCGGAAAGCACACGUUGCAAUCCGAUAACCGGCGAAGUGGAGCUUACUCGAAGGAGCUUCAUCUUCAACGUGGUGAAACGCGUUUGUGAAGUCCAGGAGGACAAACGGUACAAUAAGCUAGCAUGCUCCCAUCUAGAUCAUGUCUUGCCACCCUUGUGUCUGGCGGAUGAAGGGGUUCUUAUCAAGAAGCACGUGGUACACCAUCUACGACAAAAUGGCUGCCAGCCGGAGGAGAAAAUACUAAAGGAAACUAUUGUUUGUGCGGAAGGCGAACACCCGCGAUUCCAGUGCAAUCCAACAACUUGUGAUAGCGUCCGUACAGUCUCCUUGGUCGAGCGUGUGGGAUGUCGGUGCGUUCCACGCGUGAGAGAAGAGCGCGGAAAAUGUUGCUGUCCGGAGCCAACAGAACAACAGGAGUGUACAAAUGGUGGUCGCAUACUAGUGCUUCAUAAACUCUCCUUCAUCUUGGACAAAACUCGACAAACAUGUGUACCUCAAAAAGACAAGGUUCAAAAAGAAAUUGUCUGCCCAAAGGAGCGCAUUACUCGUGGUGUUUGCAACCGGGCAACUGGAAUGCGCCCAUUGUUGCGUCAUUAUUACGAACUUGUUGGUUGUAAAUGCCAUCCGCGAAUUCACAAGGAUAGUGAACCUUGCUCCUGUCCAUUGCCGGAAACUGUCAAACUUCCGUGUGAUCCUGCUAAACCGAUUCGCAAGGUUGUUCGUGUCUCCUUCGAUUUGGAAGAAGAUACCAUCAAUAGGAAAAUGCGCUGUGCGAAGCGUAUUCACCAUAUACGUAACGAACCUUGUGCUUGUGAACCGACAAAGAUUGAGAAGCACUGUGGGCGCGGUGAGCUUGUUGUGAUCCGCAAGGAACACCACCUGACCGUAAAAGGUGACGAACCCACAUGCGUACAGCGGACCUAUGUCAAACGAGUACCAGUCGUAUGCAACGGGGAACUCACGAAGAUCUACCGCUCGCAGUGUGAAGGCUUCCGGCGGAAGGUCAUACAUGUAAGAGAAUUUGUUGAAGCAAACACCUGUGAAUGUCGAAAUCAAGCGCGUGUGACCUUCGAGGCUUGCAUGUGUAAAGGGAGACAUGAGAUUGUCCAAACAAGCGGAUGUACCAUACAAAAAGACAACGGUCUGUUCCAGUCAGAGGAGGUCAGGUGGCAACAGGUUGUCAACUGUCAGUGUGUAACGCGAAGAAAACAAACAUUACGACUUUGUGGCUGCCCCGAACCACAAUUUACAAGGCGCUGCCUAGACACAGUCAAUAUGGCUGUGUACAAGACCACUUUCAUUCGUAUCGCAGAUGAGUGUGUGCCGAGUCAGGAAGUGGUGACAAACGAAGUCCGUUGUACGGAUCCGGCCAAGAUCGUGGAGCGGUCAACAUGCGAAACGGCUGAGGUUGAUCCCAGUACAAAUUCACUGCCCGGCUGCUUUGAGACAUUCCAGGUGGCGGUUCGACAAGUUGAAGAUUGCAAAUGCGUCGAAAAGCUUGUGUCAGUUCGACGUCGAUGUUGUACUCCUGAACCGGUCGUUACUCGCCAGUGUGACAUGACACGUGGUGCAUGGGUUACCACUCUGAAGAAGUUUACACUGGUGCCUGGAAAGAAUCUGUUCGAGAUUGGCAGUGUGGUAAUUCGGGAUCACGUGCUCAAUGUUGUACGUGAACAACAAGACGAACGAGUAGUCUGUCCUGAACCGAAAGUGCACGAGAACUGCGACGCGCAGACGGGACUGUGGACUCGCACAGUGACACGGUUCGAAAUGGUCAAUUGUCAUUGCAUACCGAUGCGCCAGGUUGAGCGAGGGAGAUGCCAGUGUCCACCACCUCGAAUUACCGAAACAGAAUGCAAAAAUAACUUCCGCCUCCGAAUCAGCGAUAGCUACGAGCUGAUCAACGGCAAGUGUGUUCAGCGCCAUGAUUCGAAGCGCAUACGCUGUGGCUGUCCCAAGCCAGUUCGUCGGGUGUACUGUGAUGGAGAAGGUCGAUGGGUUAAGUGUUACACGCAAUUUUUGCUUAAUCCUGCGGCGUCCACAUGUCGGCUGGUCAAACAUUGUGUCCGCUGGUACCAAGACUGCCCGAAAGAUACCACGCGUGUCUCUAUCGCCUGCAGCGCGCAGACCGAAUUCAAACAUACACUUCAGCGAGUGAGGUUUGUAAACAACGCAAAGACUUGUCAUUGCGAUCCCCAAAUCUUGGAUCAAUGGACAGAAAUGUGCCAAUGUAAUCAUUUGAACCGGAAGUGGCUACGGUGUAAGCUCGGCUUGAUUGAGAUCAAACAGCUCACUCAUCACUUGGAGAACGGUGAUUGUGUCCCAAAAAUGGUGAAGCAUGUAAAGCUCCCAGACUGUGACCUGAUUCACCCGCCCCGACAUGCUCGUCGAUGUGAGGAACCGGCCAUUCUCCACAUUAAAUCUCUAUUUUGGACUCCGUCUGAGGGAAAAUGCAUUCCCGGGUUUGCGAUCUACACGAAGCAUAUCAAAUGUCCACCAGAGCGAAAACUUCGUCUUGGUCCUUGUGUCCAAGGUACGGACGGGAUUGGUCGGCGGCUGGUCGAACAAAUUGAACAACGUGUGGAGCACUGUGAAUGUGUUUGGAAGGUAAUGGCUACACAACACCGGAUAUGCAAAUGUUCACCACCGAAGCAUUCCAAGGAGUGUGUGGACGGUGGAAAAGCUAUUUUGCGAACGUUGAUUGCUCACACUUUGAAGGAUGACAUGUGCGCACCCAUCCAGCGACAGAUCAAAGAAAACCCGUGUGAGCGGCAAGAGCUGCCCCCCAUUCCUCCGGAUCAGACGGGUCGAUGUAAUCCGCUAACCUGCUCGACGGAACGAAUCCAUCAUCAAAGGGUCUCCGUCAAUUGCAACUGCAUCACUCAGCGUGUCACAAUCAAAGAAGCCUGCUGUUGCCCGCGACCGUCCAAACCAGUUCUACGCUGCCAUAAUUCACGAAAUGUCAUGUUACAUCAACAAACAUUUUACCAAUUCAAACCAGCUAUGGGCGAACAGCGAGCUCAUUGUCUUCCCGUGAUGCAUGUGAAAUCGAUCGCUAUAAACUGUGGACCGAGAUUACAACGUAUUCUGGUGAAAAAAUGCGAUGGCGAAUUCCACCGAGUUAUAAUCAUUCGUACGGUGGUUGAGAAUUGUUUGUGCAAGCAACGUCCUACCAAAGAGCUACGGAUAAGAUGUGGUUGUCCUCGUGUCAUUCGACGCCUUCCGGGGGCUUGUAUCAACCAGUGGGCAAAUGACAGAUGGAUUGGAUUCCAAGCAGUGGUGGUCAAACGCAGCAAUUUAUUGAAAGUGAACCGAGUAAAGUGCAAACCAGUCAUAUUUGAGCAAAAGCAGAGACGAUGUGCCUGCCCGGAACCCACGGAAACGGUGGAGUGUGAAGGAGGCAAACUGCGGGUUAAAUACCGAACCAUAUACAAGUUGAACGAAGAAUUGAACAACUGUGAAAAACAUGUCUUCAGAAAGGAAGAUAAUCCAGAAUGUCCCAAACGGUUGCACGUGAUCAAAGGCGAAUGCGACCGUGAGAUACCGAACAGGCGAAAGUUGAUUUGGUUGCAACAACGUCCCGUCAAUUGUCGCUGCGUUUGGCAUCGUCUUAUACAUCCAAAUCCAUCGGUUCACCGCAUCAAGUCCUCCGUGGCUUGUCGUUGCCGCCCGAAGAUAACAGUGCGGCAGUGCCGUCCGCCAGUCUACGGGCAGCUUGCUCAGAUGCGUAUGAUCACCGUCAACUUUCAGUUGCGUGAUGGUGAAUGCCGACCUGAAAGUCGAGUUGAUUUGCAUCCGGUCGAUUGUAAGAAUGGAGUUCGACUGAUAAAUGGUGAAUGCGACCCAAUGACAAAUACCAGGAUUGUGAAACGUAUUAUCAGCCACCUGGAAAUGAAUGAGUGUCGCUGUGUGACCCGGGAAUUCGAAAGACGUUGCCACUGCAACUGUCCUCUGCCUAAGCUCUACCUCCAUUGUCAACGUCAACAGGGACUAGUAAGACAUAUCAAAAUCGUGCACUUCCUGGCAGAAGACAGGUGUUUGUGCAAAGCGAAACGUGCGAUUCGCACUUCCAAAGUUGUCUGCCCAAUAAAGAAGAGGCUGAUACAGAAGGGACCUUGUCAGCACAUCCCAGGGAAGUCGAUGGAUUCAACUGACAAGUACCGCCAAGUUGUUUGGGAGGUCUCUCAUCGGGAUGGAUGCCAAUGCGUGACAAAACGGGUUGUGAAUUCUGAACCUUGCUUCUGCACACCACAACCGAUCGUGGAGAAACGAUGCAUCGAUGACCACCUGCUGGAAACGGCUCAUUCCGAGCGUCGUCUGUCAGAAGUGGACCACAAAUGCAUACGCAUAAUCGUCAACAAGAUCGCGAAACCAGUAGAGUGUAAAGUGCAGGCACAACUAAUUCACCGUGAGCAGUGUGAUUCAACAUGCCAACAACGUCUGGUAUGGAGACGUGAAGUUCGGGGAGAAGAUGGAAACUGUCGGCUGCAACACCGUUUGGAGAGACGCGCGUGCUGUUGUCCGCAGCCGCGACAACUAGAACCACGUUGCAAUGCUGCCAAGGGUCUGCUGGAAGUUGGAUUUCGUACUUUCACGCUCCAUGAGGGAGUGUGUGUUCCAAAGGAUCAGUUUACGAACAAGGCAGUCGCUUGUGAACCGAACGAGCAAGUUACCCAACAUCCACAAGCGAAUGGAUUUGUGCGCGUGGAGCGACACUUCAAUGAAUUGGAUGGGUGUAACUGUGUGCGCAGGAAAGAAGUCACAUUAAAUAAAUGGAACUGUCCGGAGCCCAUAACAAAGCAGCGGUGCACCAAUCCCGAGCCAGGCCUGUACACAAUUGAGACUGUAUCAACCCGUUGGCAUGUGCCCAAAGAGAGUCCAGUGUGUUCUCGCCUGGACACUGUGGUGGACUCUAACCCGAUCGACUGCUCAGCAAAGCAACUGGUGCGGGCGAACGCAUGCCAGCUGGAACCUCAGAGACAUGCUACCGUUAGAGUAGAUCAUCUAUUUACAAGUGUGAAUGAUGGCUGUCGUUGCGUGCGAAAUCCCCCCACACUAAAAGUUCACGUUUGUCAAUGUAUGAAACCGGAAGAUCACGUGAUGUGUGACCGGGAACGCGGGCUUCUCACGCACAUUCACACCAAAUAUGAAUUGUCUGGAGACGGAACACGUUGCAUCCCGCACAAAACAAAGCGCAUUUGGAGGCCAUCCUGCAGACCCACAGCUCCUCGUCAUGUACGCACAACACCUUGUGACCCAUCCACUGGUUUGAUGUAUCAAAUCUUUGAAGAACUUAGUCAGAAGGAUUGCCGAUGUGUAAAUUUGGAGAAGCGUGUGCCUGUGCGAUGUCACUGCGCAAAACCAAUUCAAGAAUCAAGGUGUCUGAGUCCGCAAAUUCGAGAGAUCCGUACAACAACUUUCCAUCUAACACCGGAGGGGACCUGCGGAAAAACAGUGCUCACACAUAAAGAGGAAGUCCGAUGCCCGCUGCUACCGCAGUUACUCCAGUCUUCACCCAUGUAUCGCGUCCAACGUUCCCAAGAUAAGCCAAACCUUAUACAGCAUGUUCACGCCUGUCAUUCAGCUGGCCGUUGUUUGUACAAGGUUCGAGAGUUCCUGGUCAUCCCGGAUCAAUCUUGUGCAUGUCGUUGGAAACUUAGAGAACUGGUUCGAGCCUGUUGUUGCCCAACACACCCUCAACCGCAACCGUUGAGCAGUCGUUGUGAUGCAAGCAAAGGAUUGAUUGUGUUCCGGAAGGUAGACUGGAACAAACACAACGGGGUCUGCCGACCGAACAUACACGAGCGCGUUAAGCAUAUCGUGUGUCAUACUGUCAGUACGGCCGAAGUAGUAUUCAUGAUCGAUGGAGCGGCAGCUGGCCGACAGACUCAGUAUCUGGAACGUGUCCAACAACUGCUUUUCAAAACGAUCGAACAGUUUCUCUUAUCACAUGAAACCAAAUCGCAGUCGAACAGCUUCCGCUUUGCGGUUAUGACUUAUGCGGAUCGACCCGAAAUUAUUUUUAACCUACAAAACUAUGAGGAUCCAAACAGGAUAUUGGAACAAGUGCAGGAGUUGACUUUGCGAGGCGAGCGGGCCAACCUUGCACUGGCCCUCCACACAAUGUUACGUGAAACCAAAGAGGAUAUUAUCUGGUCCAACUCACAGGUGCUACCUCUCAAACGACCGGAUAUACCUGUUCUGCUGUACAUUGUAACUGAUGGGCGGGAUCAAGAUGAGGACACCGUCAGACUUAUUGGACAAGUACACCGAGCUCAGAUCCAGGUUACUGUUGUUGCGAUGGGUGCAGAACCGCAUGGGAUGAACCAUUUGGGCGCACUAGUGACACCACCGAAAGCCGUCCAUUUGCUGCGAAUUUCGAACACAGACAAUGUAAACCAGUAUUUGACAAGAAUAUCGGAAACGCUUUGCAGCCGAGCGUGCCCAGCAAACUAUGUAAAGGCAUCCGACUGUUCUCGAGAGACCGGCUGCGUUGGACGAUCGUACAUACACACUUACCAAUUUGACGGGUAUAAAGGACACUGUGUUGGGGAAACGAAAGUGCGAACACGACGCUGCUGUUGCAUGCAACAAGCUCCACCACCAGUCCGUCAAUGUGAACAGAAUAGACUGUUCCAGAUAAUCUCCAAUUGGCAACUGACCAAAGAUGGGACAUGUAGCAAAUUUGUCAUCAAGCGAGACGCGACUCCAUUGCUCCUUCAACAAUGUUCUCCACCCGUUGAUGUGCGUGUGGGACAGUGUAACGCGGAAGGCUACGCCGUAGAGCUAACGGUGCGCCGCUUCUUGGAUAAUUGUGAGUGUAAGAGUGUCCUCCACCGUUGGUAUACAAGUCCGAUUGUGACUCGAUGACCUGCCAGCGUCGCGUCACCAUCGUGGAACACGUACCCGAACAGUGUAUUUGCAAGCGCUUCGCAAGGGUAGCACAUGAAACAUGCUGCUGCAAAGGUCAGAAAACGAUUCGCUACGAAGGAUGCAGGUAUAAUGCACUGAAAACUUUUGUCGAAGAAAGCAUUGAGCCCAAGCUGACUGACGGCGCUUGUGUUAAACGGACUCGCCACCGUUUUGAGCCUGUUGCCUGCGCCCGAAAUCCUACAACUGUUCGUCACCAGUGCCGUCAUGUUUCUACCAUGGAAAGCGGUUUGCGACAGAAAAUCACAGCAGAUCCCGCACUUAUCUUCCGUCAAGUCGAACAAUUUUGGUGGCAAAUGGAUUCAUGCGAAUGCCGACAAAUGCGUCGCGCCCAUUUUGAAGCAUGUGGGUGUGACCAAUCAGCUGUGCCGGCGGAAUCUCAGUUCGUUCAUCGAUGCAAUCAGCAGAAUGGUGUCCUGAUCACGUACAAACAAACUUUGAAGCUUGAGGUUGAUGGGACUAGACAGUCAUCGGAUCAGACGUUGAUGAUUCCUGAUUUGUCCCACGCUAAGUGUCGACCUGAGCACACGAUUGUGUCCGCUCGAAAAAUUGUCUGUCCUGAAGCCAAAGUAUUCCACACUGCAUGUGAGACGGCGGCCGAUGGACGUGAAUACAGGGCUGUACACCUGCAUCGCUGGAACCGCCAAGGAUGCGCAUGUCAGAAUCUACCACCAGAACUAGUCGAGAGACAGCUGUGCUCGUGCAGGCCAGAACGCGUCUCUAAACAAUGUGUUACCAGCCGUCCUGGUGGACCGGAGAACCGACUGCUAGUAAAGCAUAUUAGGGAAGAGAUAGUUGUCACGCAAGACCCAUCGGGAAAACGUAUCCGCCUUUGUAAACUGGCUCCAAUCGAAGAGAAGGUGCAUCUUAUUUCCUGUCCACGAAGCCAAAUCAAAUACUCUGGAUGUGUCAACGGACUUGUUCACAUCACUCUGAGACUUCAUCUUGUAACAGACUGUCAGUGUCACACGAGGAUUCGGAGGUUGGUAACAAAAUGUUCCAGGCUUCCAGUUAACCCUGCAUUGGUGCAUGGUCCAGUCUCUUCAAACAAAAACAUGGCUGUGACGUCACAGGCAGCUAAAUCACCCGUCAAAGGGCAUGCUCAAUUGGUUCUACCCGUGUACCAGAUUGCCGACUGCAUUGACCUGCUGCCGGUCAAACAGUGUACUACACUUGAACAUCCACCUCAUCAAGUUUGUGAGAAACCCGGUCAAAUACGAGAUCUUCUGUGCCGACGAACAUGCAAGCAAUGUACAACUUGUCCACUGGACCAGACCAAGUUCAGUGUUGUCCUUGGUCAACUAACAGAUGCCUGCAUUGUGUCCGAUAAACGUUACGAACGAAUGUUCUUCAUACGUGCCUUGGUCAAGCGAGGUGAUUUAGCAGCGUGUAAACUGGCCUGUGCACAAACACCUGAAUGCUCCAGUAUUGAUUACUAUGUGCCGCGCGAUGACCAGGCCGACCGACCUAAAUGCAUUCUCAACCGUGUUGAUCCACCUACCCUGAUGAAACGUUUGGAUCCUGGGACAGUAAGAAUUGGCUCUACGGUGCAGGAUUUGGAGGGCUGGAAUGCAAGAAAAUGUAUUUUAUUCCGAAAAACUUGCGCAACAGAAUGUCCGAAACCACAAACGAUAGAUUUAUCGAAGUGCGAAUGCCAUCAGUUCCGUCCCAGUUAUCAAGUGGAUCCAACUGAAGAUCAGCUCAAACCCGUCACUCACUGUGCAAAACAGGUUCGUGUACGGUACUUCACACAAACUUCGUCUGGGAGAUGCGUGGCCAAAGAGUGGAUUGGAAUGAUUCCGUGUGUUGUGGGAACAAGCACUGUGCUCGAUGGUCCACACGUGAAUUGCUUGGACACAAAACCACCCUUAUGGUGCCAGUCCGUGAUCACACAAAAUCCACACUUGUGCAGAGAUAUCAGUAUGAAAAAGAUGUGCACCAAGUCAUGCGGAUUGUGUCACUGUCGUGGAAGCCACAUGAUUCGAGGACGAUGUGAUCGCACCGGGCACACCUUGGAAAUCAAAAUUGUCUACCGUGAGCAUCCAUUACACAAGUUGUGCAUCACGGAGAUGAUGAAACGGAGGACUGUCUGUGAAUAUUGUCCGGUUGGCAAAUUCAGUGUAGUACACGAGUGCGACGAGAAAUCAGGUACUCGCCACAUCACACACGUUCGAGCUCGACUUACUGACGGCCAGGCACCAGCAACAAAAGAGGAAAGCUGCGUUUUCGAUGUGGAUCACGAGAAAGCCAGUUGUUCCAACUGUCUGGCUCCACAGUCCGAUAGACAAUCUAUCACUGCGUGCAUGCCAGUUCCUCACGGUUUGGGUCAAGCCAAAAUCAAGUUGAUUACUGAAUACAUGGUGAAUGUACACGGAUGUUGUCGUGUUCGGAGGGCGGAACGCUCGUUUUAUUGUGACGGCUGUCCACCGGUAGAAGUUGAAACCAGCCCGUGCUCCAAUGGACAAAGACUUCGUCAUAUCAUUUUUUAUACGCGUCCUACUGUGAUACAUGCAAAGCAUCCUUCGGAUUGUAUACGUCGAGUAAUCACACGAAAGGAACACUGCAUACCGGUGCCACAUUCACACCCAAAUGAUUGCUUUGAUCAACUUUCUGCGGUCGACUGCCACUCCUUAGUGAGGACGGGACGUUGCGAUGAGAACUCCAAAGUUGCCGGAAAACUGUGUGCCAAAACCUGUGGAUUUUGUGGUUAGUUUUGAUUAAUAAAAGAC